AUGCUUUACCUAAUCUUGAAUUCUGAUGAAACAUUCGAGCUUAGAUGGGUUGAUUAUUACUCGAUAAGUGGCUUUGAUGAAAUUAUGAAUCUUGAAGCGGGAACAUACCCUCCAUCAACGUCUGUAUCGAAUACUAAUACUUCUGAUAAAAACAAUGAAAAAAAUGCAGCAGAUAAUAAAAAAGAGGAAGAAGCGAGAUUAACUGUUUAGGAAUAGGAUAAAAUUGUAGAAGAUAAGAUCUAGGAGAUCAUUGAAAAGAGAAAUGUUAACGUAUGUAUGUAUGGCAGACAUGACCUAACAGGCGACAAAGAUUUGAAAUUUUCUGUGACACAUUGCUAUCACAAUGGAAAUGAUGACUUAUUCGAUACUGAGGAGUUGAAAAAAGAAUUCUCAGGGGAAACAUUUGAAAAUAUGAAGACUAUGUACAUGAAUCUCAAGAGAGUCCAAAAUUUGAAGAAUCAGGGUAAAUAAAACUCUGCUGAGUUCCAGGAGAUCUUUGAAAACAUGCAAAUAGCAUUCGAGAAAGUAAAGCAACUUGAGCUUGAAGAAUAGAACGAAGCAGCUAUUGAAUAACAGAAUAAUUUCAACAAUCAUAAGUCAAACAGACUGAUCACUGCUGAUCAGCUACAAUUGAGAAGAGAGCAGAUUCACAAUUAAACUCAAAAAGUUUAUAGAGAGAGAUUUGAGGAAAAUUUAUAAGUCAACUACAAGGAUCUUUGCGAUUACAUAAACAAAAAACUACAAAAUGAAGGUGAAAAUUCAUUAAGACUUGGUAACACUGGCAAUAAUAAUCACUCAGAGUACUUGUAACAAUAUCUCUAGCAUAUCAAUGAAAGUGAUGAAAUUAACCAGUAAAUGGAGCUACUCCAAAAAGUAAUAGAUGAUAAAGAUACACCUGCAGACAUAAAGAAAAAGUCCUAAUUCUAACUUAAACUAUUAAAACUCAAGCCUCUACAGUAGAAAAUGAGAGAAGAUAUUUUGAGUAGGUAUAGUCUAAAUAAAAUAGCUCUUCAAAACUACAAACAACAAACUUAAGGUGACUAUCUAUUUGAAAGAUAAUUGGUUGAUAGAGAUUUUUAUAAAAGAGCAAAGGUGUACUCAAGUAGUAAGAAAGAAGCUAGAACACUUGACAGAUUUGAGCAGUAGAUGAGAUCUGGAUAGGAACUCAGAAAGAAGACUAGACACAAGGAAUUAUUGAAUGAAAUCAUAUUCCAUGCCAAUAAGUUUACUGAAUUUCACAAAAAAAGACAAAAUUAAAUAAGGAAAAAGGCUUUAAUCAUUAAGACUAAUUUGGAUUCUAAGGAAAAGAAAGAGUAAAUGGCCAGAGACAAAGAGGAGAGAGAUAGAAUUAAGCUCUUGAAGGAUAAUGAUUUUGAAGGUUAUAUUAACCUCAUUAACACGUAGAAGAAUUCUAGAUUACUACAGAUUCUGGAACAAACACAUAAAUACCUUGAGUAACUUGGAGCUAAGGUUAGCAUCCAAAAAUAAGAAAGCUAGUUGAACAAAAAGAAAAAGACAGUUGGUGGAGGAUAACCGAAUGCGAAUGAAAACGAAGCUGAAAAAGAAAUCAAAUAUGAUGAAUAUGGAAAUGUUAUAGAGGAAUGUAAUGAAGAUGAGAUUCCAGAUAGCGAGAAAAUAAAGAGUAAUUUGAAGAAUAGUAGCAAAAUUUAUUAUGCCAUUACCCACACAGUCUAAGAAGAAAUAAAAGACUAGCCGAAAAUGAUCAAAGGGGGAGUUCUUAAGUCGUAUUAAAUGAUCGGCCUAAACUGGCUCGUCAGUCUUUAUAACAAUAACCUCAAUGGUAUAUUAGCAGACGAGAUGGGUCUUGGUAAGACAAUCUAAACUAUUUCACUCUUCAGUUACUUAAUUGAAGUAAAAGGAAAUGAAGGCCCUUUCUUAGUAGUUGUUCCGUUAACUACAAUUUCAAAUUGGAUUAUGGAGUUUGAGAAGUGGUCGCCCGAUAUUAGAAAGAUAGUAUACAAAGGAAAGAAACAUGAAAGACCAUUGCUAGCGUAACAUUUAAAGAAUGAUAAGUUUCAUGUCGUUUUGACAACUUAUGAAUAUGUGUUAAAUGAUAAAUCUACUCUCUGCAAAGUACCUUGGCAAUAUAUUAUUGUUGAUGAGGGUCACAGAAUGAAAAAUUAAAAGUCUAAAUUUGCUCUUACUCUUGGUCAAUAAUAUCAAUCUGCUCAUAGAAUUUUACUAACUGGAACACCACUUCAAAAUAAUCUGAGUGAGCUUUGGGCUCUUUUAAACUUUUUGCUGCCUAAAAUCUUUUCAUCUUGUGAAGAAUUUUAGAAAUGGUUUGAUAAGCCUUUAAGCAAAAUUCAUCCCCUGACAAAUUCUAAAUUCAACCCUAAUGAAAAAUAAGCCUUUGAGUUGUCUGAAGAAGAGUAACUACUUAUCAUAAACAGAUUGCAUCAAGUAUUGAGGCCAUUCUUGCUGAGAAGAGUCAAAUCUGAGGUGGAAAAAGAAUUGCCAAAUAAGAUUGAAAUGGUCAUUAAGGUUGACCUCUCUGCAUGGUAAAGAAUUGUCUAUGAUGGAAUCACGGAUAAUGGAAAACUAGCAAGAGACCCUUCAACAGGUAAAAUUGGAAAUCUUGCCUUGAGAAAUACUGUGAUGCAGUUAAGAAAGAUUUGCAAUCAUCCUUAUCUCUUCUUAGACGGCUUUGAACCAGAUGAUUUAAGAGAGAAUAUCUACAGAAGUAGUGGAAAGUUUGAAUUACUUGAUAGAAUUCUCCCAAAACUAAUUUCUACUGGGCAUAAAAUUUUAAUCUUCUCUCAAUUUACUCAACUCAUGGAUAUUAUGCAAAUAUUUUUUGACUUCAAAGGUAUUAAGCAUCUCAGACUUGAUGGUGGAACUAAGCACGAAGAUAGAUCUAAAAACCUUGCUAUAUUUAGUUCUGAUCAAUCUGAGUUCUAAGUAUUUUUACUUAGUACUAGAGCUGGAGGACAUGGUCUCAAUUUGCAAGUUGCUGAUACUGUGAUCAUAUUUGAUUCAGAUUGGAAUCCAUAAAUGGAUGAAUAAGCCAAGGACAGAGCUCACAGAAUUGGCUAAAAGAGAGAGGUAAGAGUCUAUAGGCUCAUUACAACAACUAAAAUUGAAGAAGGUAUAUUGUCUAAAGCAACUUAAAAGAAAGAUCUCGAUGCAAAGAUCAUUUAAGCAGGUAUGUUCAAUGACAAAGCAAGUGAUGUCGAUAGAUAGAAAAGACUUGAGGAUCUUAUUAGAAAAGAUUAUGAAGAUGAUGGGGAUGGAAAUGUUGAUGAGACUGAAACUCCCAACGAUGAUUAGAUAAAUGACAUGAUUGCUAGAGAUUAGAAUGAAUACGAUAUCUUUACAAGAUUGGACUAGGAAAGAUAUAAGGAUGAGAGAAAAGAAGAAAGACUCUAAGAAAUCAAGAAAAGAUACGAUCUUGAAGGAAGACUUAUUAACAUUAAUAAUGUUAAUUACAGACUACUUUAGGAUUGGGAAGUUCCUGAAUGGAUCAAAAUCAAGCCAGAUGAUCCUAACAAAUUGAUUGAGGAAUUUGGAAUGGGCAAAAGGCAAAGAAAAUAAGUUAAUUAUAACGACGAGAUUAGUGAAGGAUAAUGGUUAAAGAUUAUUGAAUCGGGGGCUGAUAUCAACCAAGAAGUGGAGAAAAUCAAGAAAAGAAGAAUGGAUUAAAGAGAUAGACCUUCAAACUAAGCCGAAAUUGCUUAAGCUGACUUAGCUAAGAGAAGAAAACUGAAUGACAACUCCGAAAGUUUAUUAAGUGGAGAUGAAGAUGAUGAAAUUUAUGCAAUGGAUAAUAAUGUACAUAAUGUUUCUAUCAAGAAGCAAGGAUAUACCUCUGAAACCUCACAAGUAUCAGAUAGAGUCAAAAUAAUUGGAGUUAACAACAACUCAAACGGAAUUAAGAUUCAGAUUAAGAAGGAUAGCAAUGAGGAUAGUAAGGGUGCUCACAGUAAUAGUUCAAGAUCAAACAAGAAGGUAGAUCAUCAUAGCAAAUCUAAGAAGUCUUCUUCAAAGAAACCACAAAAUCACAAAAUUUAAAAGGAGGAAGAGUUCAAUGAUGAAGACGAUUUAGUUAUGAGUGAUAAUGAGUUAGAAGAGGGAGAAAUUCCUGAGCCAAUCGUCAGUCAUUCUAAUGGAGGCAGAGAAAAAAGAAAAGCUGCGCCUACAAACCUCAAGGAAAAAUGA